CGCUGUGCUCGCGCUGCGGAGGCGUGUAGAGAAAAAUGGCGCUGCGAGAUCGAGAGACGUCGUAGCUACUGCGCCAGCAUCCAAAAUAAAAACAAACUGACUGUUGCGCGCGCGCGAGAGAGAGAGAGAGAGAGAGAGAGAGAGAGAGAGAUCCACCCCUGCUGCAGCUGUUAGCCACGAGGGAAUAGCUCGUACUUACGCACGUCGACGUGUAUAUAAGUAUAUCAAGAUUACCCGCAAGUCCGUGUGCUCGAGAUAAGCUGCUGAGAGAGAUAAGAUGUCGUCGCGAGACCCGAACAAUCUGAUGACCACAACGAGCAACGACGAGGGCUUCGAUUACCUGUUCAAGAUCGUUUUGAUCGGUGACUGCGGUACUGGCAAGACCUGCAUCGUCCAGAAGUUCAGGUCCGGCAACUUCAUCCAGAGGCAUGGCAACACCAUCGGGGUGGACUUCUCCAUGAAGACAGUCCUCGUCGAUGGAAAGCGCGUCAAGCUGCAAAUCUGGGACACAGCUGGUCAGGAGAGAUUCCGCACGAUAACGCAGAGCUACUACAGAUCUGCCAAUGGUGUUAUUUUGGUCUACGACAUUACAAAACGAUCAUCGUUUUUGAGCUUACAAAGGUGGAUCGAUGAGAUAAGGAGGUACACUUCCUCCCAUGUACUCUUAAUUUUAGUAGGCAACAAAUGUGAUCUGGAAGACGCCCGAGAAGUUCAAAAAGCUGAAGCUGAGGCUGUGUGCGAAUACCUUCCUGAAGUAUUUCGUAUUGUCGAAACUUCGGCAAAAGAGAAUACUAAUAUUGAUUCCAUAUUUUUCUGUUUGGCCUCUGAAUUGAAGAGACGUCACGAAAAUCGUCAAGUCAAUACAGAAGAAAACGACACUGUCAAACUUGGCAAUGGGCGCAAUCUCUCUUCGUGCUCAACGUGUUCAUUUAAAUUUUCGUGAGUCAUCUUAUUCACUGCUCUUCUAAAUAACGAUGAUGUGUCUUAAAAAUUUUACAAUUUUACAAUAGGGUUUUCACAUAAUUUAAUUUUAUACAUAUCUCAAUGAUAUUAGUAUUUUAAAAUGAACUGAUUUGACCAAUCACUAUAGUAAUUUUAAGAAUAUUACGCACAGUUGAGACUGUUGACUUUAAUUGAUCAAAACACAACUUUUAUCAAACAAUCAGUUUUAAAAUAUGAGAAUCAAGUUUUGAUUAACUUUUAUCUGGCGAUCCGAAAAAGUGAGAUUUGGGUUGUCUGGGAUACCUAAGUGAUUAUAUUAUUAUAUAAAUUCGCAAGUGAUUCAUGGACAAAAUUGUUUUAGUCUUACAAGGCAUUGGCUUUGGUCAUUUAUAUAUAUACAUAUAUAUAUAUAUAUAUAUAUAUGUGUGUGUGUGUGUGUGUGUGCACCUGUAGACAGAACAAUGAGACAAAAGAGUAUUUAUAUGAGAUUUGACCAAUCAAUCUCAAAACUUUAUAUAUUACCUCAGUGACCUGAUCUAAUUAGGAUUGAUACUCAGUGCCUUUUUCUUACUCUAGCAGUGUCACUGCACUUUUGUAUCUGAAAAUCGUUGCUAAAAUGAUUAUCAUACUUAAUUAAUUUUAUAGCUCUUCACUACAUUAGCGCAUACAUUGCAAAGCAGCAAUAUGCUUCACAAUGCAUAACUGCCAGUCAAGAAUAUGAUGCGCCUAUAAACUAACUGCUUUGCCUUAAAAUUCGUAGUGACUGAUUUAUAUUAUGCAUAUUUGUCAUCACGAUGAUGUGCAUUGGAUGGCAGAUUUUUUUAACAGAUGUAGAUUUUUUAAACCACUUUACAAAGAUAGAUCUGAGACUUUAUAAAUAAUAAUUUAUUUAUUUUGGACCUUCUGUAAGCUCGUACAUUUGCGGCGUUGACGUUUGUAAUUUUCUAUGACUACUAAGUAGUCAUGCAAGGAAAACUUUUAAAGUACACCACAGGUGAUUUGAAUUUAGGAAUUUCGAAAAUUCAUGAUUAGCCUUCUCGAAAUCUCAGACUAAGAUUAUUUUUCAAAAUAAUCUACUUUUUAAGAAUCUUUUUUAUCAUAUAAUAUUCUUUAGGAAUAUUGAUACAAAAAACCAAAUUGUUACUUGUUACUUUAUUUAUGUAUAAAAAGCAAUUUACGAGGCUUUUGAUAUUUAUUGUAUUAAAAGUCAACUGUUACUGUACAAAUUAAAAUAGUCACAAAUAUUGCAAAGAUUUGUGACAUUGUACUUUAAUAAAUAUAUUGCAAAUAAAAUUAAUAAAUGAAAUUACAUUAUCAGUGGUACAGAAUAGAAUUAUUUACACAAACACGAAAAUAUUUUUAAGUUAAUUUUGAAGAAAAUAAAUCUUAUGAAAGUUAGUUAGAGAAAAAAAUAGAUGUCUGGAAAAAUAAACAAAAACAAAAUUAACAAGAAAUGAUAUAUUUAUUAAAUAAUAAUAAUUUUGGAUUUAGUGUGUAACUAAAAAUAGUAAUUUAAAAAAACCUUCACCACUUGUUCUAAAUACAUGGAAUACAUAUGAGGCCAAUAUGGCUCUCGUCAUCUGAAUCAUACUUUUACAUUCCUUAUCCUUUUCGGCUAUAAUAUUUAUGUAUAUAGAUUAAAUCAAUAUACUUUUUAAACAUUUUAUAUCGUUCACUUUCGUUAUUAUAAAUAAAUAACCAAAUAAUAGUAACAUUUUACAUUAAGACAAUGUAGAAAUACAAAUAUAUUAUUUAAAGGUAAAAGAAUAAGACAAUGAUGUAACAUUGUUGUGUCAUUAUUCAAAAAUGAAAAAUUUUCGUAAG